CCAAACCCUAAACCCUAAACCCUACGGUCCUUUAUUUCCGCCUCCAAAUUCCGGCGAAAGGGACGAUUAUAUAGCGGCCGCCGAAUCAGCUGCAGGCCUGAAACAUCAGUAUUGAAUGUAAAAACAGUAAAUUUCUAACUUAGCUAAUCGGACUUGAGAGCGAUGUACGGAAGACCAUCCCGUUUCGCUCCUUCCGGCGCCGGUCGACGGCAGUCCCAGCCGCAGCAGCAACAACCGUGGCCACAGCCACAGCCACAAGCGCAGUUUCCUGCAGCGCCUUUUUUUAAUCCCAAUGUCCAGCUUGAAGCCCUUAAUCAUAUUCUCCAAUCUUCCGGCGGGUUUAUUCCUGGUCAUCAGAACGUCAACUUCCCUAUGCAGAACUCGAACUUGCCGACACAAAAUCACGGUUUUCAGUUUUCACAAGCCUCCAAUCCAGGUUUCCACUUUCCACAGUCUGCUCAUGCAGGUUUCCAUUCUCCACAACCUCCCAAUACGGGUUCCCAGGCGCAUGGUAAGACUACUAUGCCAGCAGAAGGCGUCACGAGGAUCAACAACGCUGUGGCCAAAGCACACAGCGAUCUUCUUGUGGCUAAGGAAAGCAUCUCAGCGUGGAAGGUCUCGCAAUCAGCGCUUUCAAUUCUCCAGGUUGAUUCAUGGGAUUCUUUAGGGGUUCGUAUGCAGGAAAUCGAUGCUCUUCACCGCCUCAUUGCGAUGGAAGGAAAGAUCAAUUCGUUUAUUCACUGCUUUGUGGGGGUGAGAAGAAUUACUACGUUGUAUGAAUUGGAGAAGGCUAUAUGCAAGAAUGAGGGAGUUAACCAAUUUGAAGAGUUGAGGCUGGGCCCUUUUCUGCGUCACCCUCUUGUUUUGCAUUAUUUCUCAGUGAAUUCUGAGGUAACUGAAGUAUUUAAUAUAAAGAGCGAGGAGAUUGUUACUCUUCUUUCCAAGUUUAUGGAUGUGGAUGCUUGUAGAAAUAAAGAUAUUACGGUCGAAGACUUUUUGGACUUCAUUUCCAGGAAGCGAUCAAUAAAAAAGAGAGAAAUGCUGGGUAUACGUGUUCAAAACUUGGGGAUGCAUAUUUCUGUUAUUCGAAAAGCUAGGAGAUCAGAAGAUGAUAUUCUCAGCAAGUAUCUAACAAAGUCAGAUGAGAAAUGCCGUAAGCGUCCUCUUUUUAAAAUGCAGAAGCAACAGCUAGAUGAGCGUUUUAGUGCCAUAGCUCAGCGAGUUGAAUCAUUCUCCUCUGUUCAGAAGGACUUUUGUGGCAAGCAUGUUAGAUUUGCUUCUUCAAGCUCAGAAGAUGAAGACAGUGAUGUUAACACAUGCGAAAAUAAAAAGAAUGGCCAUGAUUCAAGCUCUGAUCUAAAACCUUCACAGCAAAACAGUAGAAGUUCAGAUCGUGCCAGUAGCUGCCCUUACCCAUCUGCAACUGAAGAGAUGACACGGCUUGGGUUGAAAGGCGAAGUAAUUGGCCAUGCCACUCCUAUUGGUGGCCAAAAGCACAUUAUGAAUAGUGGUACAUCCAAAAGGAAAAGAAAAUCCAGAGAUCAAAGCCACACUAUUUUUGGAUCCUCAACAUCAAGUAAAAAAGUUAAGGGAGAAGCCAGCAUCCUUGACAAAGAUAGUUUAUAUAAUUCCGAUGAAGGUAGUGGUGAUGAAGCUGAAUAUAAAAUUACAUAUAAUUCUAUGAGGAUGUUCAUCACAACGUGGAAGGAUGGAUGUAGGGAUAUGACUGUGGAUGAGGUACUCAAACGAAUGCUUCACCAUUAUGGCAUAAAAUUUCGAUCAAGAAUAAGAGUGAGAUCGAUGUUAUCAUCUUACCCAUUCAUUGGAUUACUGAAUGUUGCAGUUUCAUCUAUUAAGAAUGGGAUGUGGGAUAGCAUUUAUGAUUCUCUACAAACAAUCAAUCUACAUGAAUUAUCUAAUACACAUGUUGAGAAACAACCCGUACAUGAGAGCAUAGAUGUAGGUCCAAGUGCAGAGGGUUCUCUUAUUAAGCAUGUUCCAAAGUCUAUUCAUGGCAUCAGUGUAGAAGAUAUCCUCAACAAAGUUGGUCAGCAUAUCAAGUUUGAGCAGGAGAUCCACACUAAUGGUCGGUUUCUCCUGGAAAAUAGAAUUCACAUGUUGAAACAGCUCUGCAGCUGUGAGUUCUGGCUUGUGGAGCAAUUUUCUGCCAAGGAUUUUAAGUCUCUUGGUCAUGGGGACUUUUUCACUUUCUUACAGGAGCACGUCUCUAUGCUUCCUGAGCUACGCAAGUUUCUUAUGCCUGAGAUUUCUGAAAGAUCCCCUUUAGAGGCUUGCAUGUUGCAACGUCAGUUAGUGAAUUUAGUAUCACAAGCUUGUAACAGCUUAUCCGAGAAUGAACUAUUAAGUAAGCAGAUGAUUUGUACCCUUCUUACGCAGCAGUUUCCCUCGAUCAGUUUCAAACUGACUGAAAAUGGGUCUUUGGAAGAUUUUAUGGAGCUUGUAGCGGAGCAAAAGAACAGUGUUGUUUCAAAGUGUGUUACAUUUUCUGUUACAUUAUUAGGAAGAUGUCGUUCAAGAGAUUCUUCGGCAACACUGGAGAAUGAUUUAUUGGGUGCCACUUCAGUUAUUGCUGAAUUUGGACAGGGACUGAGGACCGUAGAAUCUGUGACAUCAGAGGAUGCUAUCAAAGUCUUGGUCAGAGCACCAAUGUUAUUGGAUUUGAACUUAUGGUCCCAUUGGGAUAUCAUAUUUGCUCCAGCUCUUGGUCCUCUUGUACCCUGGUUGCAGAAUGAAGUUAAUACAGAAAACUUUUUGUGUUUGGUUACCAAAGAAGGGAAAGUUGUACGGAUAGACCAUACAGCUACUGCCGAUUCAUUCUUGGAAGCUGCACUGCAAGGAUCGCCAUUUCAUACUGCGGUGAAGCUUUUAUCUAUUUUUGUUCUACUUGGGGGAGAAAAACAUGUCCCUUUAUCCCUUCUUAAACACCAUGCCACCCGUGCUUUUGAAGUUAUUAUCAAGAACUCUGUUGAAAACAUAGAAAUGUUUGACAAUUGGGCUCGGGGACAUGAAAAGGUGUUCUGUCAACAGAACAUUGAGCCAGUAGCUUCUGGUAAUUUGAGUUUUGAAUUGAAGAAGAAGAUUUCUAUGAGGAACAAAGCAAUUCCCUCGUUGUCUAGGUUUUUUGUUGCUUGUCUUGGUUAUCUACCGGCAGAGUUUCGUUACUUGGCUGCCGAUAUAAUGCUUUCUGGCAUGAGUUUUGUCAUUAAAGAUGCUGCAUCAUCUAUUUUACACGAGUGUCAUAAACCAGAGCAGCGUCUUAUGCUUCAUGAGAUAGGCCUUUCUCUUGGUGUCCUGGAGUGGAUUCAGGACUAUCACACAAUUUCCUCUAGUGCUUCUUCAGAUCUGUUCGCUGAUGAAUCUGCAUUCUUGCAUGAUAGGUCUGAGAUAAACAAAAAUUUACACAUAGGCGGUGUUUUAACCAAGCCUUCUGCUUCAGAACAACACGUCUCUCUCUCUAUUGAAGAGAAUAUGUGUAAUGAAAAGAUGAACGUUCCUAGCCCGAACUGUACUUCAAAAACUUUUGAUGAUGCAAAUGGCAUCAGUUGUAUGUCACCUGCUUCUGAACCUGAUGGAGAUAAGGAUGCAGCUCAGAUCAUCCUAUCCAUCAGGCGUGAUGAAUUUGGUCUUGAUCUUGAUCUUCCCAAUUCUGAGACUGGUAUGUUGAGGAAGCAGCAUGCUCGCUUAGGAAGAGCUCUUCAUUGUCUUUCGCAGGAGCUGUAUUCUCAGGAUUCACAUUUUCUGCUCGAGCUGGUUCAAAAUGCUGACGAUAAUAUCUAUCCACAAAGUGUGGAACCCACUCUAGCAUUCAUUUUCGAGGAGUCAGGUAUUGUUGUUUUGAACAACGAGGAGGGCUUUUCUGCUAAGAAUAUCAGAGCCCUCUGUGAUGUUGGGAAUUCCACAAAGAAAGGAUCUAAUGCUGGAUAUAUAGGAAAGAAAGGCAUUGGCUUCAAAUCAGUUUUUCGGGUCACCGAUGCUCCUGAGAUUCAUUCCAACGGGUUUCAUGUUAAGUUUGAUAUAAGUGAGGGGCAGAUUGGUUUUGUCUUGCCAACUAUCAUUUCUCCUUGCAAUGUUGGCUUGUACGGUAGGUUGGCUACCAGUGCCUCCGAUUUGCAGGAUACAAAUAUUUGGAAGACUUGUAUUGUGCUUCCUUUCAGUUCAAAAUUAUCUGGAGGAGGAACUUUGAUCAAUAAUAUAGUGAAUAUGUUUGCAGACCUCCAUCCGUCCUUGUUACUCUUUCUUCACCGUCUCCAGUGUAUUAAGAUCAGAAACAUGCUUGACAUUUCACUUAUUGUAAUGAGAAAAGAAAUUGUUGGAAAUGGCAUCAUUAGGGUUUCUCACGGGGAAGAAAAAAUGACUUGGCUUGUAGUAUCACAGAAGUUGAAGGCUGAUGUUAUUCGUCAUGAUGUUCAAUCUACUGAGAUCUCAAUUGCAUUUACACUCCAGGAAGAAGAGAAUGGGACUUACAGUCCAUUUCUAGCCCAACAGCCAGUUUUUGCAUUUCUUCCUCUAAGAAUGUAUGGGUUGAAAUUUAUAAUUCAAGGUGAUUUUGUUCUACCUUCUUCCCGAGAGGAGGUGGAUGGUGAUAGUCCCUGGAAUCAAUGGCUAUUGUCGGAGUUUCCUGGUUUGUUUGUGAGUGCAGUGAAUUUUUUCUGUUCUCUUCCAUGCUUUGAGAAUUGUCCAGGGAAAGCUAUUACAGCUUAUAUGAGCUAUAUUCCCCUCAUUGGAGAAGUACAUGGUUUUUUUUCGAGUCUUCCUCGCUUAAUUAUUUCUAAAUUACGUAUGUCCAACUGCUUACUUUUGGAAGGAAAGGAUAGUGAAUGGGUUCCUCCAUUCAAGGUUUUGAGAGGUUGGAAUGAACAAUCUCUGAAUCUUCUUCCCAAUCAUUUGCUUCGUGAACAUCUUGGGCUUGGAUUCCUAGAUAAGGAUAUAAUCUUGUCAGACUCAGUAGCAAGAGCAUUGGGUAUUGAAGAGUACGGACCCAAAAUUCUUGUGCAGUUUAUGUCCUCUCUGUGUCAGAAACAUGAUAACCUCAAAUCAAUGGGACUGGUUUGGUUGGGCUCUUGCCUAAAUGUACUUCACAACAUGCUUCUACAGUCCUCUGGGCAAACAGCGUUUGAGUUGGAAAGAAAUGCCGAUCUCAUAAGGUCUCUUCAGAAAGUUCCACUAAUUCCUCUUUCGGAUGGUACCUAUAGCUCCGUAGCUGAAGGAACAAUAUGGUUACAUUCUGAUUCCUCAAUUAGCACAGUUGAUGGCAAGUAUGGACUCGAAGCUUUUCCAAGUUUGAAUUCUAAGAUUCGUGUAGUUUGUCCAGCCUUCCUUUCGCUUUUCUCUGUUGAUAACUCACACAUGGAUGCGCCCUCAGUGGGGAAUAUUAGCAGGAUGCUUCAUAGAAUUGGUGUUCAACGUUUAUCUGCCCAUGAAAUUAUUAAAGUACACGUCAUUCCAGCUAUAUCAAAUGAGUCAAACCUAAAUGGCAAUGGAAUUUUAAUGACAGAGUAUGUUUGUUUUGCAAUGACUCACCUACUAUCCAGUUGUCCUGAAUGUAACACCGAAAAGGGGUUUAUAGUUUCAGAGUUACGUAACAAGGCUUUCAUUUUAACAAAUCAUGGCUACAGAAGGCCUAUUGAGGUACCAGUUCAUUUCAGUAAAGAAUAUGGAAAUCCCAUUGAUAUAGAUAAGAUCAUUAAUGUGGAAAUGAACUGGCAUGAGGUUGAUAACACCUAUUUGAAGCACCCAGUCACCCAUUCACUCACUUCUGGACUCGCAAAAUGGAGGAAUUUUUUCCAAGAACUAGGAAUCACUGAUUUUGUCCAUGUAGUUGAAGUUAACAGUAGCAUUGCCAACAUGCCGCAUACUAUUAUGAUGAAUAGAACGUUGGACCCAGAACUAAUAUCUUCUGAUUCAGUGGUUAAAGAUUGGGAAUCGUCAGAGUUGAUUGAUUUGUUAACCCUGUUAUCUGUUCAUGGAAACCGACAGAGCUGUAAAUAUCUUUUAGAGGUUCUUGAUACUUUAUGGGAUGAUCGUUUGAGUGAUAAAGUUAUGGGUUGCUGUAUUUCUAAAUCUAGUGGUUCGAGCAAGCAGUUUCAGUCUGCUUUUAUGAAUAGCAUCUGUGAUACCCAAUGGGUAGUAUCAAGUAUGGACAACAAGCUUCACUAUCCUAAAGAUUUGUACUAUGACUGUGAUGCAGUGCGCUCAAUCCUGGGAACCUCUGCUCCUUAUGCUGUUCCAAAGGUUAAAAGUACAAAGUUGGUGCAUGAUAUUGGGUUUAAAACUAGAGUUACCCUUGAUGACGCUCUAGAUAUUCUGAAAGUGUGGAGAACUGAGAAACUUUUCAAGACAAGCAUAUCACAAAUGUGCACGUUCUAUACAUUCUUGUGGAAUGAGAUGGCUGCAUCAAAACAGAAAAUUCUGGAGGAAUUCCAUUCAUGGCCUUUUAUCUUUGUCCCUGUUGUGGCUGACUCUGGGCAUGAGGAUGUGGUGUCUGGUGUAUUUUUGUCUCCUAAGGAAGUAUAUUGGUGCGAUCCAAUUGGCUCUAUUGACAAGAUUAAGGAUGUAUAUCUUCAAUUCAGCUCGAAAAAUAUGGUUGAUUGUCCCAUAAUCAAGACUUUGUGCAAUAUUUAUCCAGGGCUUAAGAGAUUUUUUAUUGACGAAUGUGGAAUAUUUGAAUACCCUCCUCUAUGCAGUUAUCUUCAGAUUUUGAAACAGUUAUCAGCUGUUGCUUUGCCUUCUCAAGCUAGUGAUUUUGUAUUCCAAGUUUUUCUAAAAUGGGCCGAUGGACUAAAAUCCGGACUACUAAGUUCUGAAGAUAUGGCAUACCUGAAGGAAUGUAUUGGAAGCUCGGAGUUCACGGUCCUUCCAACUGAACAAGAUAAAUGGGUUUCGCUUCAUCCUUCCACCAGCAUUGUAUGCUGUUGUGAUGACAAGAGAUUAAGACAGCAAUGUAAGAAUAUGGGCAAAAUAGAUUUUGUAUACUUCGGUGAGAUCGACAAUGUUAGAACCGAGGCUUUCUCUCAGCUCUUGAAAGCUCUAGGGGUUCCUCUUCUUUCUGAGAUUGUAACCCGUGAAGCAAAAUAUUACGGUUUGAGGGACUCGAGCUUCAAAACUUCAUUAAUGAACUGGGCUCUUCCUUUUGCUCAGCGCUACAUGUACAGUGUGCACCCUGAGAGAUACGCGACGCUCAAGCAAUCUGGAUUUUGUCUGCAAGUAAUUGUUGUUGAAAAGCUGUUUUUCAGGAAUGUUAUAAAGAAUUCUGGACGUGCUUCUGAUGAACAGGUUCCAUGUAGUUGUCUUCUACAGGAUAAUAUUUUAUACACGACCCAUGACUCGGAUUCUCAUUCGUUGUUUAUGGAGUUUUCUCGUUUGCUAUUCGGUGGAACUCCUGAGCUUCAUUUGGCCAACUUCCUUCACAUGAUUACGACCAUGGCCGAAUCGGGUUCUACCAAAGAGCAAACUGAGUUUUUCAUCUUGAAUAGUCAGAAGGUGACGAAACUUCCUGAGGAGGAACCUAUUUGGUCUCUUUCAUCUGUCACUUCAUUGGUCGAGACUCACAACUUACCUCAAACAUGUCUUAACCCUACCUUACUGAACGACCAUGGAUCGUCUUCGAAGUCUAAAAAGAAUGCAGGAAAUUGGCCGCCUGUUGAUUGGAAAACGGCUCCGGGUUUUAGUUACGCUCGUGAAAAUGGUUUCAAGACACAACCAGCAAGCUCACUGCCCAACUGCAACCUAUAUAUAGAAAACAUGUAUGAAGGUAUCGAGAAGCAAACAGAGAACUUGGCUCCGAUUUCAACAGACACAGACUGGACCUAUGAUGGCGAUUCAUCUGCUGUGUCGGUAGCAUCGAUUGUUUAUGGCAGUAGUGAUAACGUCGGAGAACUUGUCAACCAUGGUGAUGUGAAUCCUGAGGCUAUUGGUUCUCAAUCCGAUUCGAGUGGCUUUUCCUGGAAAAAUCAGCUUAGAACUGGCACCCCCAAUCCAGUUCAGGCAAUGGCAACUGGGAGACUCGGCGAGCAAGUCGCCUUCAAAUACUUAACCGAAAAGUUCAGCAACACAGUAGUUGAGUGGGUCAAUGAGGACUUGGAAACUGGAUUCCCUUUCGAUAUAAUCAUAGGAGAUGACGACGACGACGACGACGACAAUAGACAGUACAUUGAAGUGAAAUCAACCAGAUCCGCAAAGAAAGAUUGGUUCGACAUAUCAGUAAGAGAAUGGCAAUUUGCAGUCGAAAAGGGCGAAUCGUUCAGCAUUGCACACGUUUUGUUAUUAGCUAAUAACGUCGCCCGGGUUUUGAUUUUUAAGAACCCAGUUAAAUUAUGCCAGUCAAGCAAGCUCCAACUGGCUCUUUUAAUGCCCAAACAGCAAAAGGAAUUCUCCAUUGUCUCCUCCUGAAAUGACAUUCUUCCUCGUUCAAUUCUUCCUGGGGAGCUGGUUUUGCUGCAGCAAACAAGCAACGACAGCUCUCUGGUUCGAUUUUUCAAGCUCGUCGAGGAGAAUAUCUCGACGUCGCUCGGAGGCUGGUUUUGUAUGUAUGAUUUUCAAUGGAGGCUUCAAUUCUAUUUAUUACACUAUUUUCUGAGUCUCAUCUGUGAGAACUCACAGUGGGCUGUUUUUUAAUUUUUGCCCACCUUGCAGUUGUUUACAUGUAAAUAAAUUUUGAGGGUAGUAAAGUUAAUCUUUUUAUAAUAUUUUUAUUUGAUUUUCA